AUGGCUGUAGACCGGCGGAAGAUUGCUGUAUUUGGCGCAGCCUUUGUGCUGCGUCUGCUUCUCGCAUGUCUCUUCCCUUCAUUGCCUGAUUUGUUAACCGGGAGGGUUGAAGUCUCUACACCCGUCAAUAGCUUCAAGCGCCUGCAGGAAGGCCUAUUUUUGUACACAAGAAAUGUGUCGCCCUAUGAUGGAGGUGUCUUCCAUCAGGCACCCCUCCUAUUACCUCUGUUCGCCCUACUCCCGGAUGCGAAGAGCUCACCUCUACCAACCGCCAUUUUCUACUUCCUUGUGGAUCUUUUGAAUGCGCAUGCAUUGAUCGCAAUUUCUGCGUCGGGUCAAUCGGUUAAAUCGAGAUUGCACUCAGCGGUCCGAAAACAUGUCCGGUGGGAUGGGGUGUCAGUUGCAGCAUGGUUCUUGUUCAACCCUCUUACUAUUGCGACAUGUCUAGCGCGGUCAACAAGCGUGUUCACCACAUCAGGAGUCCUCUUCGCUGUCUCCAAUGCAGUCGGGGGAAACAGUAUUAAUGCAAUGCUAGCCCUCGGGUUUGCUUCCUACUUAUCGCUUUACCCUGCACUACUAUUUUUUCCGUUGGUUCUACUAUGCUAUGACUGCCGCUUGCAGGGACUAAACCCACCCAAUGUUGGAUCUUUCGUUGUCCAACACGCUGCCCUGCUGCUGGCCAGUGUGGCAGGACUGCUUGGUCUCUCCUGCCUGAUUACAGGCAACUUUUGGGAAUUCAUCUCGGCAACAUACGGUUUCCAUCUUCUGGUCCCAGACUUGACCCCCAACGUGGGGCUGUGGUGGUACUUUUUCAUCGAGAUGUUUGACUCCUUCCGGGAGUUCUUCCUCGGUGUGUUCUGGCUUCACUUGGCUAGUUAUGUCGGGGGCCUCACAGCUCGUUUCCGCAGUCAGCCUCUAUUCGUUAUUGCCUCCCUUUUAGGUGUUUUCGCCAUCUUCAAGCCGUACCCUAGCAUUUCGGAUGCAUCGUUGUUCUUUGCAUUGCUGCCAUUGUAUCGGCACCUUUUCCCAUUGAUGCGAUAUACCUUCUUUGCGGUAUCGGCAAUCCUAUACUCCAGCCUCCUCGGUCCGGCUUUCUACCACCUUUGGAUUUACGCCGGGUCUGGAAAUGCGAACUUCUUUUACGCCAUCACGCUGGUCUGGAGUUUGGGUCUCUCUAUCCUGCUUGCGGACACAGUCUUCGCCGCCCUCAGAGACGAAUGGGAGCAAGAGCAUCCAGAACAAGAGGGCACAGAGGUGCGGCAAGUGUAA